AUGACUGCAAAGACUUACAAGCUUCCUGAAUACCUUAGCAAACGCCCCUAUGAAUACUAUGCGAUCACUGGAAUCAAAGCGGGGACGAUCCCCGAACAGAAAAAGGCUCCAAUCCGUCAAGAAAUUGAUGAGUGGAGCAACAACAGGGCAAAUGCAGACCAGGUGGACUUGUUUGUUAUGGCCUGGCGCAACCUCAUGAAUACAUCACCCAGAGAGCGAGGUUCCUUUUUCCAAGUUGCCGGUAUUCAUGGUCAGCCUUAUAUUCCAUGGGACGAGCCCGAUACACAAAUGGACGAAGCCAAAGAUAAGGGUUACUGCACUCAUAACAAUAUCCUUUUCCCUAUAUGGCAUCGUCCGUAUCUCGUAUUGUUGGAGCAACUUCUCUACGAAAACAUGAUAACGGACAUCAUUCCUGCAUUCCCGAAGGAUAGACAAGCCCAGCUUAAGGAGGCUGCGGAUUCGUGGAGGCUUCCAUUCUGGGAUUGGGCUGUCAACCAUAGAGUGCCUACGCUCGCCAAAUAUCCAACAACGACUAUCCCAACCCCAAGCGGUAAAAGAGCUAGAGUGGAAAACCCCCUCUAUCAGUUUAAAAUGCCAACGAACGAACCAUUUUUGUCUGAAGGCGUGGGUCAAGUCUUCGACCCCUGGGCGGGGGAGGGCGGGAAGGGGAUGUACUUUAAUUUCGGCCCUUGUAUCGGAACUAGCAGAAGCCCCGACAUAGAAGACAGCAAGGACCCCGAUUCGGAGACAUGGGUAAAUGGAGUCGUCAACAAUAACCAGGUCGCACUAGCACUCAAAAGCCCCCAAUGGAUGGGGGAGGGAAAAUAUGGAGCUGCUUCUGAGAUGGUAUACCGCCUGCUCACCCAUCCUUUGGAUUUUAUGUCCUUUGCUACGACAUUCCGCAGCAAAGGACAAGAUGAUAUCAGCAAAGACGUUAAUUUGGAAUAUAUCCAUAAUACUGUGCAUGGUUGGGUGGGAGGUAACUAUACGGGACAUAUGUCUGAAAUUCCAGUAGCAACCUUUGAUCCUCUCUUCUGGCUUCAUCAUUGCAACAUCGAUCGCAUGUUCGCUAUCUGGCAGGCAUUGAACCCUGAAAAAUGGUUCGACACUGCCGACAAAAAUACGUUCUUUCAAGAAGCUCUUGGUCUUGCUGAAACUAUCACCCCCCAAACUAAGCUUCGCCCUUUCCAUACAGACAAAGUGGGCACAUGCUGGACCCCUGAAGGAGCCAGGGACACUUUGAACUUUGGAUACACCUAUCCUGAGUUGCAAACGUGGGACGCCAAAUACCAAGCUGCGGGAGCAUAUAACAACGAAUUGCACUUGACUGACCUCAAGAAAGCUAUCAACGAAAAGUACGGAGCCACGCGAACCGAGUUACUUGGCAACCCUACCCUUGGAGAUAAGACAGAUGAUGGUGUUAAAUCAAAUGAUUUUGCCUUUAGCAUUCGAUACAAGAAAUACGCCUUGGGUGGAAAUCCAUUCACCAUCAAGAUAUACCUUGCUCCCGGGGAUGGAAAGCCAAGAAGCCCGGAAAGCGAUUACGUCACGGAGGUUUACAAUUUCAGUUUCCCAUCGAUUGUCGACGGGAAGGAAGUCUGUAGUAACUGCACUUCUGUGGAGGCAACAGAAUCAAAGGCUACCUCCUAUCUCUCAAUUACAUAUGUUCUCAUACAGUGUGUCAAGAGGGGGAUUUUGCCCUCUUUGAACCAGGACGUGGUUACCAAGUUUCUACUGAAAAAUCUAUACUGGAGAGUUUUCCAGCGUGGAAGAGAACUUGACAGGUUCUCAAUGGAAAAGAUCGAACUUGAAGUUCUUGGCUCCUUCAAUAACGCCAAUCACCAUGAAGAUCCAACCAUCCUCUCCGGUUUCAAAGGCUUCCAUGAUAUUCCAGCGCUGGCAGGUGGCCCAGACGGAGCUCUUGAUCCAAAAUUAAAGAAGAAGCUACCGCCUCUACCAACCGCACCACCUGCUCCUCCAUCAGCAUUGCUCCGGCUUGGAACUUCUGUCGACCUUAAAGAAGACUUCAUGGCAGACAGUGUGCUGAUCUUCGACUCUUCUAAGGUAGACUUGAACCCGAUAGUGACUGAUACCAUCGACAAUACUCAGUUGACGUUUACGAACGGAAGCGACACCCUAUUCUUGAUCUCCUUCCGUCGUGCGGAGGGGCAGAUUGUAUUUAAUACUAACUUAAAGGGCAAAUGGGGUGCCGAGCAGAGGAUCGACCUCGCUGGCAGGCUGACGAAUACUGCCCUCUCAAUCAUGGUCAACGAUCAGGGUGAAGGUUUCGAGGUCAGCCUUGACUUCGUCCACGCUGCCUGGUUCCCAAAGAGAGACCCGAGACCUAUCAAGACAGUACACUAUGGGGUCAAUAAGAACCAGAACCCCGUUCUUUCUGACGUGUUGAAGGUGUCAGUAUAUCCUUCUCUAAAGAAGAUUCUCUCUCAUUAG